AUGCAGUUCAAUCUGAUUGCCACUGCAGGAGUAAAUCACCAAGUUGGACUUUGGAAUCCUUAUGUUAAAUCUAAACCAAAUGGAAUCCUACGUGGUCACAUGGCUAGUGUGGUCCAAGUUCAAAUUCUGACCAGUCGCAGCCUCCUGUUCAGCUUCUCCAAGGACAAAGUUUUGCGUAUCUGGGACAUUCAGCUCCAAGUCUGCUUGCAACGACUGGCAGGAAUUUUCCCAAAAGGCGGAGAUGUGUGCAUUACACUUCUGUUGGAUGAAAUUGCAGAACAUAAGGACGAGAACAGCCAUGACAGUAACCGAAUGUUUCUAACAUUUGGUUCCAUGCUGACUAUGAUUGAGAUGAAGUCUGAACGCAAAGACCGUGUAAUAAGUCAUGAAGUUGCUGUAAUGGCUGCGGUCUACACUUCCUUUUAUAACCAGGUGGGUACAAUUAGCUUAUCGUUCUGGUCAGUUUUACAGGCAGACUAA